GUGCCAAUUUUCUUUAGGACCUACCAACAUCGUUACUAUCUUGGCGCGGCUGAAAAUUAUUAAAUAUGUUGUUAAAUGUGGCGAUUAGACGAUCUUAUUGUUACAGGCCCGUUAAACGUUGGAAAAUAUUCAAAGAUUUGAAUGAAGACAGCACAAAAAAAGGGGAAGUUGCAAUUAAUUUAGCUAAACAUAUAAGAAACAGGAUAAUAGCUACUGGACCAAUCACAGUGGCGCAAUAUAUGACUGAAGUAUUAACACAUCCAACAGCCGGUUAUUACAUGAAUCGGGAUGUGUUUGGACUUUCUGGUGAUUUUAUUACUUCCCCAGAAAUAAGUCAAAUAUUUGGCGAACUUGUAGCUGUUUGGAUAGUUAAUGAGUGGGUUAAAUUAGGUAGUCCACAACCAUUUCAACUUAUUGAACUUGGUCCCGGCAGAGGGACUCUUAUUAAAGAUAUCUUACGAGUGCUGACACAAUUGAAAUUAAGUGAAAAGUUAUCACUACAUCUUGUAGAGAUUAGUGAAUUCUUAAGUCAGUUACAAGCACAAAGCAUUUGUUUUGAAUUUGAGAAACUAAAUGAUUGUACUCUGCCAUACUAUCAAAUUGGUAAAUCUGAGAGUGGUUGCGCAGUUUAUUGGUACAAACGAUUAGAAGAUAUACCACAAGAUUUUGCAAUUAUUUUGGCACACGAGUUUUUCGAUGCGAUGCCAGUACACAAAUUGAAAUUAAUGGCGGGGUUAUCUUAA